AUGACCCGAGGAAAUCAGCGUGAUACUGAUCGGGCGAAGGCCCAAAAGAAGGCCGCCGCGGCGAAGACCAAGAACACCAUGUCGGGAACCCAGUACCAAAAGUCCAAGGAGGACGCGGCGGCUAUCAUGCGUGAGAAGCAGAGGAGAGCGGACGAGAAAAAGGCCGCCGAAGCAGCCGGGAAAAAGAAAUAA